AUGGCGAGUCGCGUCGGAAAAUAUUUGCUCUUUGAGACCCUUGGGGAGGGUGCCUUUGGAAAGGUCAAGCUUGGCGUGCAUGAAGAAUCUGGCGAACAAGUUGCUGUCAAAAUUAUGGACAAGAGCGACAUCAAGGCUCAGGAGAUGACCAUGAACGUACGACGCGAGAUCGCUAUUAUGAAAGCCCUCAAACAUCGCAAUAUCGUCAAUCUCCGUCAGGUGCUCACCAGUCAGAGCAAGCUUUAUAUCGUCAUGGAUCUCGUCACUGGCGGUGAGCUCUUCACUAAGAUCCUCAACGAAGGAAGACUGGAGGAGACCAUUGGCAGAAGGUAUUUUCAGCAGCUUGUGGACGGAAUCGAGUAUUGCCAUCGACGGGGCGUUUGUCAUCGCGACCUUAAACCCGAAAAUCUCCUUAUUGAUGAGACAACCGGCGAGCUAAAGAUUACUGAUUUUGGUCUAUCCGCAAUGAAGGGCGCGAGCACUACUGAGGAGUUGCUGCACACCCAGUGCGGCAGUCCAAAUUAUUGCGCACCAGAGAUCAUUGCGCGCCACAAGCAAGGCUACAGCGGAGACAAGGUUGAUGCCUGGUCUUGUGGUAUUAUUCUCUUCGCAUUGCUUGCCGGCUUCUUACCGUUUUACGAUGAGAACACAAAGGUCUUGUACCGUAUGAUCCAACGCGAUGACGUCAAAUUUCCGAGGAAAUUUCCCCCUGAUGCGAAGGACCUCGUACUUCGCUUAUUGCACAAGGUGCCCGAGAAGCGCUAUACAUUAUCGGAAGUGAAGAAGCAUCCUUGGUUUGCUGUUGACUAUGACGGCGAUGACGCGGUUCCGCGUUCCGCCACUGGAACUGGAGCGAGCCCCCCUGUGAGCAGGCGGAGGAGGCGUGGGCACUCUAGAAAGUCUAGUGUGGAUCAUGUUCCGAGAUCUCGCGAUAUCCGCGAAAUGGUAAGCCAGCCAGCUCCACCGCCUAUCGUCAUAGAUUCAGGCUCGCAUGCCAUGCCUCUUGCACAAAGAGCGCCAGCUCCACCGUCAGUUUCUCCGCCCGCGCCGCGUUCUCCAUUACCGCCUCUUCCUCCCCCACCUCCGAUCACAAGUCAGGUCCCUGCACCGCCAUCAGUUCCAAGAGGGAGUAGUCCCUUACCGCCGCCGCCGCCUCUGACGGUUCCGCCACCGCCACUAGCUGCGCCACCCAUCCCCAGCCCUACACGGACAGUGCCACCAGUGCCGCUGUACCCUCAAAAGGGCAUUGUGAGGAAGAAGAGCAAGGAAGCCAGGGAUUACCCGAAGAGCACCUAUGUGCCUCCGCCAACUGCUGAUUCUAUCCAUUCAAGCAGCAUCGCCAAUGGGAGGCCCGCCAAUGAUGCAGUCAGAACAUAUGAUGCAGCCGUACCCGAAGCAAGGAUUCCGGUGACAAGGGACCCUCCAAUGCCCCCGACGCCAAGCAGUGACGGCGCUCGUUUGAAUUAUACUGGUACCUCCACACCGCCACGCAGGAAGAGUGGGCAUGGACAGGCGGCUGUGUCUAGCGGAGCGCCUCCGACGCCACCUCCAACUAUUCCCGCCGCAAACCGCGCACCACUGGAGGGAGAUAUUGCCACUACGAAUACUUUGCCGACCACACCUGUGGUUGUUGGCGGGGCUGCACCUCCAGCACCCUUCAGUUCAGAAAACUCCGCAAACAUCAAGACUACGCUCGCAGUAACGCCGUCACCGGCGGCAGGUACAAGCGACCCGAGAGUGUCCGACGGAGGAACAUCCGCCUCUAAGUCAAAUGACACCCUCGGCAGUAUGUCGUCGACGUCGCUGUCUUCAGGUUUAGCGACAAGAGCGCCAUCUUCUCCGCCGCAGGGUACGCGAAAGUGGGUUGUAUCUGGUGUUAAGAAGCAGAGCACCUACAAAUCCUCAACAAUGGCUCCUGUAACUACUCCAGCAGCUCUGGCAAGGGGAGAUGCGUCUUGGAUGCGGAAGGCAACCGCGCGGGCUGAGAGGCAGGCAGAUGUUGGUCGAACCGUGACGUUCGAUACGAAAUCACCACAGCAGAAGGAGAGUGAAGAGAAGGAACCGGAAUCGAAGGAACCAGACCAGAGGACAGCAGCAGUACCGCAACCGGAGCCUGAAUCGGAGCCGUCGAGACCGCUCUCUAUUGUCGAAAGAAGCCGCAUGCUUUUCAACAAAAUGGCAACAGAAUCUGAAAUGCCGCCCCCCCUUCCUGAUGCAUCCUUACACUCAUCCUCCUUCAAGAGUGAUCGGUCUUCUACAGGACAGGCAGAUUCUCAGCCGGAUGCUCAGUCAGUUCCUGCGCCACGGUUUGGGGAUCGAGCAGAAGCACCGCAAACGCCUGGAUACCCGGUCGCUCACCUGGAUUCUGCACCCGCAGCAAAAUCUGUCGAGACUACAGGUUCCGAAGAAAGAAGCAUGAAGCCCCCGCAGCCGCCUGCAUCGCUACGGAAUGAAAGCUUGCCUACAGAGGAGCCUCAUGAGUCUUCCCAUACUAAUGAGAUCGCACUACGACAAAGUGCGGGACCAGAUGAGGCUGUGGAUGAAGAAACGACCGUGGAGUACAUCGGGAAUACGACGGGAAGACUUAAUCAGGGCAAUGACUUCUCUAUCCCCAAAGAGGAUGAAGAAGGGGAACCACCUCUGAAACAACGACUUACGGCUGCGUUGGCUCGAUACCGCCGCAUUUUCAAGCUUGGAAACAACAUUGGCAUUACAGCUUCUCCCAGUUUUAACUCGAAUCGUGAUAUCAAUGCCAAUGGAAGCAAUUCUGUACAUGAUGGGAAGGCUGUGACGCCGAGUCAUGCUCAAUUCUUCGCCCGCGCGAAGGCAAUCACAGGGGCUUGGGGUAUAAUUUUAACACAAGAAUUGGACGAAGACAGUGACUCUGAAGACGAAACACUGCAAGUUACUGAGGCUGAGCUGAAAGCGUUUAGCCGCCUUUUGGACUUUUGGGAUAAUCGACGAGCAAGUGCGACGAUUCCUAAGAAUGGAAAUGUUGUGCUUGAUGAUGAUAGUGGGACUCCUUUAUCUGAAGAGGACAUUGCCAGCAUUCAGUCCUUGCUACAGAAGCUCGAACCAAAGGAAGUCGAAGAGGAAAUGACGGAAGUUGCAGACGUCACGGACGACCUGGGAGAAAUGGAGAUGAUCUCUCCGGAUGCGACUACUGCCGGAGAAAAUGCUGACACUUUUAGGGAUCUCGACGUUGAAAACAUUUCAUUAGUGCCGAGCGGCGCUGGUAAUGUUUCAGUGGAAGGAGAUGCACAGAAAGAUUCGCUGAGUAGUCAAAGCAUUGACCAGGAAGUCGCAAGUGCGACGAGAUCCAAUUCUACCCCCGAGAACCGGUUUCCGAAAGCUUCCACCCGACCACCGCCACCACCACCCAUGCCUCCUAUGCAAGCCAGUGGAGCGACGAGGCCUCGUCAAAGGGUUAUUCCACCACCUCCCGUAGCUCCCAAACCCCCGCAAGCAGCGAAUGUGGCGAGUUGGGACCGAGGAAUUCUCGCGGGCAAGGCUUCCAAUUCGGUGCCGUCUCCCUCGCCUGCAGUAAUUCCGAAACCAAGUGGAGGGGUACAACGCGGGGCGCUACCACCUCCUCCACCCCCUCCUCCUUCCUAUGCCGCUCCGGGCAAAUCCGUUACCACAGCAGAGAAUCAACAGAGGAUGGUGGUGACCCAAUCGACAGUGCGGGAUCCAUUUAGACCUCGUCCUCCUCCAUCAUAUCCACCUCCUUCACACACGAAUGGACCUACCACACUAUUUGAUGACCCUGGGGACUCUGAUCCUCGAAUGCAAAUUGAGACCAAUGCUGCAAUUCAGAAGGGAGCGAGGAUUCCGCAGAGUGUUAGUCACGAUGCAGGAUUGAACAAAACAUUGAAGAGAAAGAGUUCUACUACGACAUCUGACUUUGGUAUCGAAUCUCGCAAGACUGUUUCCCGGGAUUCAGGGCGUGUACACUCGGGUGCGUCGGCGGCCUCAGACGGGUCAGGACCUAGCAGAAGCAGACAUUUCCGCUCUCCCUCCCGUGAUGAACAUGCCACCAGGGGCAUGUUCGCAUUUGGGAUGUUUAACCGACGAAAGAGUUCUUCAAUGACGAGCUUCGACUCCGACCUACCUCCCGAUAAAUGCAUGCUCGAGAUCGGGCGAAUACUAACGGCAAUGGAGUGUAGCGUGUUAAUGAAACGCAACGAGAGCAAGAUGAAAUGUGAAGCGCCACUUCGCCGGGAGAAGCUCUUGAUAAGCAUAACGUGUACAUCGGAGAAGAAGGUAUCAACCGUUCAAUUCAAGAGGGGGAAGAAGGACCGCUCGCAAGUGGAUACCCGAGAGUUUUAUGAAUUCUUCCAAAAAGUACACACAAGAUUCAAUGAAAGGAUCGGCUCUCAUGCAGGUUCCGGGGCGUGA